CGUUGAGCUGUUUCUUGUUGGGACCCGCCUCUUGCGGGGAUGGGGGUGGCGUAACCGAAGCCCUCCGGUAAAAGAAUGAGCCGGCCUUGCACGGCUGUCCCGCACUUUCCGGUGGUUUUUGCGCCCCGACGGGGCGGCCGCCUGCCUGCCUGCCCCACCUGGCAGACGCACUCGCCAGUUGGUCGGGGAAGUGCCCGGGUGUAGCCUCCGGAGCGGCUCUUGCGCUCAGCUGUCCCGGCCCGUCCCGGCCCGUCCCGCCCCUCCUCUCGCAAGCGCCGCGCCCGUGUUGGGGGCUAGAGCAGCGCCUGUGUCUCGGCCGCUUUAGUUAAUCCGAAUACCGGCUUCAUUACGUGUUGGUUGCUCCCACAUUCUCCAGUUGGAGAACUGGGUUGAACAGGCGCCCCGGAGCGGCUGCACAAGCGAGGCACCCUCCACCGCCAUGCCCCUAACUGUCCCGAGCUAUCCCAGCCGGGCGUACGACUACGACUACGACUCAGUCCAGCCAUAUUUCUACUACGAGGAUGAGGAGGAGAACUUCUACCUGUCCGCGCAGCACCGGGGCUGCGAGCUGCAGCCACCGGCCCCGUCCGAAGACAUCUGGAAGAAAUUUGAGUUGCUGCCCACCCCGCCUCUCUCACCCAGCCGCCGGUCUGGCAGCUUCCCCUCCAGCGUUGACCAGCUGGAGAUGGUGACGGAGCUCCUGGGCAGCGAAGUGGUCAACCAGAGCUUCAUCUGCGACCCAGACGAUGACGCCUUUGUCAAGUCUAUCAUCAUCCAGGACUGUAUGUGGAGUGGAGGGUCCGCAGCGGCCAAGCUCCAGAAGGUGGUCUCGGAAAAACUGGCAUCCUACCAGGCAGCACGCCGAGACGGGGCAGGGGCAGCGCUGUCACUCCGGGGCGGGAACUGCAGCAGCAGCAGCCUCCCGUUGUCUUCCUCGCAGACGUCUGCCUCCUCUCCCAGCAGCGCCUACCUCCAAGAUCUGGGUGCCUCCGCAGCUGAAUGCAUCGACCCCUCCGUUGUCUUCCCUUACCCGCUGGGGGAAAAGACCCCCAAGGCUGUGGAAGCUGCUGCCUCUCCCGACCCCUGCCCACCUGCCUUGCUUGGCCAAGACACACCACCAAGCACCAGCAGUGAUUCGGAAGAGGAAGAGGAACAGGAGGAAGAGGAAGAAAUUGAUGUUGUCACUGUAGAAAAAAGGCAACCUGCAGCCAAGAAAUCAGAGUCCAGUUUUCACACAUCUGGGGGCCACAGUAAACCCCCCCACAGCCCCUUGGUCCUCAAGCGGUGUCAUGUCCCAAUUCACCAGCACAAUUACGCUGCUCCUCCUUCCACCCGCCACGAGUACAGUUCGGCCAAAAGGCUAAAGUUGGACAGUGGGAGAAUCCUCAAGCAGAUCAGUAACAACCGCAAGUGUUCGAGUCCGCGCACCUCGGACUCUGAAGAAAACGACAAGAGGCGAACGCACAACGUCCUGGAACGACAGAGGCGGAACGAGCUGAAGUUGAGCUUCUUUGCACUGCGCGACCAGAUCCCCGACGUAGCCAAUAACGAAAAGGCUCCCAAAGUCGUCAUCCUUAAAAAGGCCACAGAAUACGUCCUGUCCAUCCAGUCAGAUGAACACAGACUCUUAGCUGAGAAAGAGCAACUGAGGAGGCGACACGAACAGCUAAAAAACAAACUUCAGCAGUUGAGGAACUCUUGUGUUUAAAAAAAAAAAUGUUGCUAUUAUUAUUAAUUUUAAAGCCUAUAAACGUUGGGAACAGGAGUGGGCCUAGAAUGGGUGAAAUAUCAACCUGGCAUAAAUGCAUGGAGAACUGUAGCGCUUUUCAUUGACAAGAACGCCAUGUAAAUGUCCUAACGAACUCAAUUGUGUAAACCACAGAACUGUCGCCAAUGCAUGCAGAACAGCUUUUGAGCGUCGAGCGGAAUCUCCGAGCAGCCUAAGAACGGAUAGAAAUUUGGGGCGCAAGUUUCUAUGCUUGCGGAGGGGUGGGUCGCGGGAGGGUAAUGAAGUUUUUCCACUUUCUUUUUUGUAUUUAAAGCAUUUUUCUCUUAAAAGUGAUUUUCAACGAACACAGCUGUUGUCAGAGUUGCUGUAAAUAUUUACACAGCCUAAUGAUCUGUACAUAUCUUUAAUAAAAAAAAUCUUUAUAGAAAAGGUUAAAAACAACAAAAAAAAAGAACCUGCAGCAGAAUACUUAAUGGUUGUGGCAACUGAAUUUAUAAUGGUCUUGGAUUUUUGGUGCCAUAACAUCUCACACAAAUUUUUGGUCAUUCUUAUUUAAGUACCUUUUUGUCAUUUUUUAAGAAGAACUGAUUUUAUUUUGCGUUUAUAGAUAAAUAAAAUAUUUGCCCUAAAAUUGUAAUUGGCUAUACGAUG